GGCUGGAAAAGGAGAAGAAGGAGGGGCCGCCGUUCGGCCAUGGAGCGCUACGAGAAGGCGGCGCUCAACGCGCUUUCGCCCCCCGAGGCCCGAAGCGAAGUUUCAUUAGCCUCAACUCUAAGGACAAUGCUGUUCUUCACAGCUUUAAUGAUUAUGUUACCAAUUGGAUUGUAUUUCUCAACAAAGGCGUAUAUAUUUGAAGGUACCUUUGGAAUGUCCAACAGAGACAGCUACUUUUAUGCUGCAAUUGUUGCCGUCGUUGCUGUACACAUUGUCCUUGCUCUUUUUGUGUAUGUAGCAUGGAAUGAAGGCUCCCGGCAGUGGCGGGAGGGCAAGCAGGACUAAGAGGGAUGAAUGGCUGCCUGACAGACAAAGGAAGAUUUGUAGGAUGUGGUGCAAGCCUCAAAGACUUUCAGAAGUCCCUGUUUGAAUUGGAUGAGAUUGGUGGGACGGAAACAUUUUGUUUUGUUUGUAUGAAUCCAUGAUUUCAGGAGUCCCAAAAUUUAGCAGAGCUGGGAAAAACCAGCAAGAGGAGCAACUGAGAACCGUUUAGAAAAUGUUGAUAAAUUUUCUAGACAAAAACGUGGCAUUUCUGCACUGUAAGUAAUAAUGACUUUGGAAUCCCACCUCUAGAUAAUGCUUUCAGUAGACUUGGCAAUGUCAAGGUAAUUUUGGAGCUUCCAGUAUCAGUGAAACAGAUUCGAUUCUUAUGUCCCCUGGGGGGAGAUCAAUUUUUGGAUUCAAUCUGACAUUGGAAUGGUUUGUCUGAACAGCUGAGAAACACAGGAGUUUUUGGGACUGGUGUUUAUUUUGUUUGAUGGCAGAACAAUAAUGCCAAGUUGAGCCAGACUAUAUGUAGUAGCUUUACAUGUAAGAUUCCCGCUCCCACCCCGAAAAUUAGAUACCAAGUUUUGUCAAAUGCCAUGAUUUUGAAUGCAGUUUUUCUGUUAUUCACUACCAAGGAGUGAAUUCCCUUAAGUGGGAGACUUUGUUUAAUAGACCAAGAUAUAAAUCAAUUUAUGACCCAAUUUCAGAGUCCUACAAAUGUUAUUUGGCCAUCCAAAUGGUCUCCGUGUUGAAAUUUAAAAUUUGUUUUGCCACGUGUUCUUUGGGUUGAUCAAUUGCUACUUUCAUCAUCUUUCUCUUGGCAGCCUGUUAAUUUGCUGCCUUAAUGUCUUGCAAAGAAAAGACCCCACUGCAGUAACAUUAUUCCUCUUUUAUUGCUGCUGAAAAUCAUGGACGUCGUGCGUUGGAAUGACUUUGAAAUUGGAGUUUGGCCUGAACUUCCAGUUUGCCAAAUUUGGUGGUGGGGGAGGGAAUUCUCUUGUAAUAUGUUGUACAUUAUUUGUUGCUGAAAUAAUGAAAAUUUUCUUCCUUACCCCUUUUCAUUGGUGAGAUGGUUGGAUAUCCAACCAGUGCUGCUGCAAAGCUGCCUCUGGCAGGAAUGGGAUUUUUUUAGGUACAGGAUUUUCUUCACAAGUAAUGUGUGGUUCCCACAAAUUGGCGGAAUGAACUUUUCACAAAUGUUGAUCAGGAACCGUGCUUGCUUCAAAAUUGAAUUGUUCCCCUUAAAUCUUGAUUCUUUUGGAUUUCUAGUUUUCUUCCUGUUACAAAGAUUACCAAUGAUUUUUGGGACUUAAAAUGGCUCAGUGAGAGUUUCCCAGAGAGAGAGAGAGA